UUCAGGUCUUUUUAUAAAAUUUCGCUCAAAACUGCAGUGUUCCUGUUUCUAUAUAGUGUUUUGCUUCUUUGUCUCUUUAAAAGGUCACAGUGAAAGCUUGGCCUGGAUUAUGACAGCCAUAUGGAAUGGAUAAGAACAGAGCCUCUCUUAAAUGUGAUUAAGGGGUUUUAUCUGGAGAGAGGAGGAGGGGGAAAGAGAAGAAGGGGAGGGGGCUAACUCUCGGAAGUGUUGAAGGUAUAAUACAAUACUCCAUUCUAGAGGAAGGAUGGUUCUGACAGCUGAGUUCCAUUUUUUUUAAAGAAAAAUGCUUAGACUGUCAUAUUGCUAUGUUAGUAGUGCACUUAGGAAAUUGUACCUUGAAACUAAUGUUUGUGCUGGAAACUUGUGCAUAGAACAAAUGCUUGAAGGUGAAACAGGCAGAAACUCUUGGCCCUGUCAUCUUCAGAGUUGUUAUAGGCAAACCAUGCUGACAGUUGCUCAUUGCUAUUUCAGGGGGAGGUUUUGACGAACUUUAGCAUAGAGUUCAAUUUAGUAAAUUAGGUGUUUUAUGUGCACACAAUCUUGCUUUGCAACACAAAUCCUUUUACAAGGUGGCUGAGCUAAAAGGAUGCAUAGUGGGCGGGUCUUCUAAGUCCAAUUUAAAACAACCUGCUCCAUGUGUUUAGGCAAUAUACAUUAAAUGAAUUGUAAUCUUAUCACUUUUGUUGGUUGGGCGGGAGGUAAUGGCUAGCUGGCUUGUGAUGGCUAUUCUUUCUAGCAGGUGAGUGUUAGUUUUUAGAGAGUGACAGGGACUUGCCUGUUUGAGUGCAAGAGAAAAACUAGAAUCUCAGACAAAGUGUUCUGGUGAAGCACUACCAAAUGCUAUAGAUGUUGGUAAUUUAGAUGUGCAGUUUUGGGUUAAAUAGCAGUUAAUGUAAUGAAAAAGAAUAAUCUUGAUUAAAAAAAGUGAUUAAAGUAGGCAUAUUUAUUGUUAAUGAGACUCAUAACCAAAAACAGAUGGGACCACAAUCAACGGUAAACCUUUGGUUCUCAGCAUGUCACCCUAGAGUGUAAGGAUAAAUAACCAUUAUAUUCUAAACUUUAUAGUUAUUCAGCUGGCAUUCUUAAGGUUGCAUCUAAACCUUCAGAUAAACACAAUGUUCAUGCAAGACAAAGCAGUGUAUGAUUAAACAAGAAACAAAUUACAAUAGGGAUAUUCAGCAUCUUCACCAAAAUGAAGAUUUCGUCAGAACUGGAGAAGUGUAAUUGAUUUAUUCUGCAUUCUGUAUUCACAAGUCUGUUUCUAUUUAAUUGUACCUUCCCUGCCCCCAUGUUUGAGUGUUUAUGCUCAGUGGUGUAAGUACUGUUUCAUAAAUGACUGGUCACCUGCUCUUAGAGAUCAUACUGUAUAUAUAUAAUAAAGCAGACAUUGUAGAUAAACCUUAAUUAGGAAAGGUGACAGAGACCAUAUUUUAAAGUAAGUAUUCAUCCAGAAUGAAAGUAGCAUCAAAACCUUUCACACAUUUUCUAAGGCGUCAACAGCUUCUUUCCCUUUCUCUGUGACAUGUCAGUAUUAAGAGUACUUCUCUGUAACUUUUACUGUGUAUCAUUGAACAUGACGAUUUAAAAACGAAUUAGCAAUCAUGGUGAACUGAAUUAAAAUUUCAAAAGCAGUGGUGUCUGUUUCAGUACUGAAUAUAAGUUGUAUGUAGUUUUGUUAUUUCAUUUUACAUCUCUUGUCAGUGUUCUAAUAUUUAUCCAAAAUGUACCAGGGAUUUCUUUAAGUGCUGAAAGGUUUGUAAUACGAUUUCCCCAAAAAGUUGUGAUUGUCCAAAGAGACAUGUUUUCUCCACGUGACUUUUAUAAGAUGUAAUAGUUGCCCUAGCAUUUCAUAACUCUGCUGUUGAACAUGGAAAAGCACAUACCUACAUCUUUUUAUUUGUUGUCAAUCAACCUAAUGCCUAUUUUUAAAAAGUUAAGCUACAUAAAAGAAAUUCCCAGGGACUGUUGAGCAGUGGGAACCUGGGUAUUUAUAUAUAUUAAAAUAAACGUAUGGAUGUAUCAUAUUAGUACUUUGAUCUGUUGCAUGCCUAGCUGAAAGUUUUAUCCUCUUUAUUCCUAAGGAGAAAACAAUAUAAGACUUCUCUGUAUUAAACAGAAAUAUUUUGGUAAAGUAAGGAAUUUGGGGCAAAAGCAUAACCUUACAACAUACACCUGAGAGACCUAUAGCAGUGGGUAUAUUACUGUGUGAAUGCUACUUAAUCAGUCACACCUACUAUUCUCACUCUUGAAUUCUUAAGAUACCAAUCCUGUAUAUACUGUAAAUCAGUUAAUGUAUUUAGUAGGCUUAGAAAUUCCUAAGAUUUUGAAAUAAUUUGACAAUGAAGCAAAUUUCCUGAGAGUGUAUUUUCCCUUAAGAUACAUAUUUAAUAUUAUGUGAACAUGCUAUACAGAUGUAUCAUGUACAUGUGUAAAGCUGCCUACAUAAAACUACGCACGCGUAUACAACACAUAUAUAUUUUUUUAAAUCAUGGCAGGUGAUCUUUAGAGGCGGGACUGAGUAUGGAUCAUUUGAACGAGACAACUCAGGGGAAAGAACAUUCAGAAAUGUCUAACAAUGUAUGCGAUCCGAAGGGUCCACCAGCCAAAAUUGCCCGCUUGGAGCAGAAUGGGAGCCCGUUAGGAAGAGGAAGACUUGGAAGUACAGGAACAAAAAUGCAAGGAGUGCCUUUAAAACACUCUGGACAUCUGAUGAAAACACAUGCUAGAAAAGGAACCAUGCUUCCAGUUUUCUGUGUAGUGGAACAUUAUGAAAACUCCAUUGAGUAUGAUUGCAAAGAAGAGCAUGCAGAAUUUGUUUUGGUAAGGAAGGACAUGCUAUUCAACCAGCUGAUUGAAAUGGCAUUGCUGUCGCUUGGAUAUUCUCAUAGCUCUGCUGCUCAAGCAAAAGGACUAAUCCAGGUUGGGAAAUGGAACCCAGUUCCUCUCUCCUAUGUCACAGAUGCCCCUGAUGCUACAGUAGCUGACAUGCUGCAGGAUGUUUAUCACGUGGUCACACUGAAAAUCCAGUUGCACAGUUGCCCUAAACUAGAAGACUUGCCUCCUGAACAAUGGUCUCACACAACAGUAAGAAAUGCUCUGAAGGACUUACUGAAGGAUAUGAACCAGAGUUCAUUGGCCAAGGAAUGUCCCCUUUCACAGAGUAUGAUUUCUUCCAUUGUGAACAGCACUUACUAUGCAAACGUCUCGGCAGCAAAAUGUCAGGAAUUUGGGAGGUGGUAUAAACAUUUCAAGAAGGCAAAAGAUAUGAUGGCUGAAAUGGAUAGCCUUUCUGAACUAUCCCAACAAGGUGCCAACCACGUCAACUUUGGACACCAACCAGUCCCAGGGAACACAGCUGAACAGCCUCCAUCCCCUGUUCAGCUCUCUCACAGCAGUCAACCACCUGUUCGGACCCCACUUCCAAACCUGCAUCCUGGACUUGUAUCUACUCCCAUUAGUCCUCAGUUGGUAAAUCAACAACUGGUAAUGGCCCAGCUGUUAAACCAGCAGUAUGCAGUGAACAGACUUCUAGCCCAACAGUCCUUAAACCAACAGUACUUGAACCAUCCUCCUCCGGUCAGCAGAUCCAUGAACAAGCCGUUGGAGCAGCAGGUCUCAACUAACACAGAGGUGUCUUCCGAAAUCUACCAGUGGGUGCGUGAUGAAUUGAAACGAGCAGGAAUCUCGCAGGCAGUUUUUGCACGUGUGGCAUUUAACAGAACUCAGUGGAAAAGCAAUUGGCAUGUUGUGGAAAAAAAGCAAUGCAGGAAAGAAGUUACAAACUAUAUGCUGAAAUUUGUUUGCAGUAGGAAUCCAGCUACAAUCAGUACAACUAAGGGCUUGCUCUCAGAAAUCCUGCGAAAGGAAGAAGACCCCAAGACUGCAUCACAAUCUUUACUGGUAAACCUUCGGGCUAUGCAGAAUUUCUUGCAGCUGCCGGAAGCAGAAAGAGAUCGAAUAUACCAGGAUGAAAGGGAAAGAAGUUUGAAUGCAGCUUCUGCAAUGGGCCCCACACCUCUUAUAAGCACACCGCCCAGCCGACCAACACAAGUAAAAACUACAACUAUUGCAACAGAAAGGAAUGGAAAACCAGAAAACAAUACUAUGAACAUUAAUGCUUCCAUUUAUGACGAGAUUCAGCAGGAAAUGAAGAGAGCGAAAGUGUCUCAAGCAUUAUUUGCAAAGGUUGCAGCAACUAAAAGCCAGGGAUGGCUCUGUGAACUCUUGCGCUGGAAAGAAGAUCCUUCACCUGAGAAUAGAACCCUGUGGGAGAAUCUGUCAAUGAUCCGGAGAUUCCUCAGUCUUCCACAGCCUGAACGAGAUGCCAUUUAUGAACAAGAAAGCAAUGCAGUUCAUCACCAUGGCGACAGGCCUUCCCACAUUAUCCAUGUUCCAGCAGAGCAGAUUCAGAGCCCCUCUCCCACCAACCUUGGGAAAGGAGAGCAUAGAGGCGCUUUCUUACCUGGCCUGCUGACCACUGGACCUUGGCUGGGUGCUGCUCCCCAGCAGCAGCAACAGCAGCAGCAACAACAACAACAGCAGCAGCAACAACAACAGCAACAGACACCACCCCCAGGCCCCAGAUUACCCCCAAGGCAGCCAACAGUAGCAUCACCAGCUGAAUCUGAGGAUGAAAAUCGUCAGAAGACCCGCCCACGAACAAAGAUUUCCGUGGAAGCCCUGGGCAUCCUUCAGAGUUUUAUACAAGAUGUAGGCCUAUAUCCAGAUGAAGAAGCAAUCCAGACUCUUUCAGCUCAACUUGAUCUUCCCAAAUACACCAUCAUCAAAUUCUUUCAGAACCAGCGAUAUUAUGUCAAGCACCAUGGAAAGCUGAAAGACAACUCAGGCUUGGAGGUAGAUGUUGCAGAAUAUAAGGAAGAAGAGCUGCUUAAGGAUUUGGAAGAGGCUGCACAAGACAAAAAUACGAACACACUUUUUUCAGUUAAAUUAGAAGAAGAGUUAUCUGUAGAAGGGAACACUGACAUUAAUAAUGAGUUGAAAGACUGAUUGAAAACGUAUUUAUUCAACAGUGUCACUGCUAUUUACUAAUGAAAUGAAAAUUCCAUCCUGUGUUCUGUCAGCAACCUCUAUUCAUUGUUUGGCCAAUGAAUCUUCCAAAACUUGCACAAAAGUUGAAAAAGGAUAAUGCAGACUGCACUAGUUAUUUUACAAUUUGCUUCAGAGCUACAGAUGAAGCAUUGAGGAUUGUUUCAUAUUAAUUUGUGUUCACUGGGUACACCAAGAUGUAUCCAAUAAGCAUGAUAUCUGUGGGUUGUGUUUUUUUAAAUUAUUAUUAUUCUAGAGCUUUCAGACAAGCAUUACUUUUGUGAUUUAUUGUUUUUGUUUUGGUUUAUUUUCCAAUUAUUACUGUUAACACUCCACACUUGAUCUUUGAAAGCUCACAUUUAUUUAAAUAAUAGAAGAAAAAGAAGAAGAAGAAGAGUUUGUUACUCUUGCUCUAUUGUAUGUUACAAAAGAACUAUAGACUGUGGGAUGCAGUUUAAAGUUAACAUAUGCCAACAAAUGCCUUGUAUUAUAUGGCACUGCCGUAACUCAGAUUUGUUUUCUUUUCAGAAAUAAGAGGUCACUGUAUCUUUUUCAUUCUUAUUCUCAUUGUUACAUGAUUUUUUGAAAACAAAAUGUGAAACACUGUUUUAUCCCCAUUAUUUAUUUGUAGAUCCUACAGCAUCAUGUUGUAAUUAAUUUUUAGAAGUUUCCGUUAAAUGUAAUAUUGCUUCUCUUGUUAUCAUACUGAUUUUUUUUCUAUUUAUAAAUGUAUUUUGAUGGGCAGUAAAACAAAGUGUCUUAAAAGUUUUAAAUAGAGAAAAUGUGCUUUACACAGUUGCCUAUAAAAAGUGCUCUAUGUUAUCCAAGCAAUUCAUACUAUAAGCUUCACUCUUAUUGUUGUAUGCAAUUUUUACUAUCAUGCAAAUAAGCUUAGGUAAAUAAAACUAAUAGAUCACCUUAGAAACUUAUGCAAUUAAUGUGAAAAUAAUUGAUGUUUGCAAUGUGUCUUCCUUUGGUUUACAAUCAAUUUUAAAGCUACAGCUGUAUAAAUUUUCUGUAUAAAGGUGUAUUUCUUUUUUAUGAGUUUAUUGCUAUGAAAACACCAGUUAUUUUGUUACAGCUGGCUGUUUUUAUAAGUGUAUCACAAUUUUCUUUAAGCAGAAAUGUUCUGACUAGGAGUGGUUAUUGACUGUAACUACACAAUUAAAAUUGUUUGUAUGGUAUGAUACGACAGGGUUUGUCUGCUUUUAUAUGUGUGUUGGAGAGGUAGCAUCCUAAAACAUAUGUUGGUACUUUUAUCCAUCACCUUGAGAGAGGUUUCUUCAAUUUGCCUCCUUAUUUCUUAUUUUCAAUGACCUAAAACUAUGAAUCUGACAAACGGAUACUUCUAAAGGAAACCCAGUUUUCCUGUGAAAAUCAUAACCUGUCUCGUCUUGGUUUUAAAAGUUGCCUGCCCAACAGAGAUAGCAGGAUAUUAUUGAGUCAAAAGGCUAUCAGGCAAAAACAUAUUUACAGUUCCUGGCAGUAAUGCACUUAUAAUGGAUGCAGCUGGUUUUGUUUUACAGUAUUUGAAUUUAUGAUAACACUGUUCCUUAUACUAAUGUAUACACAUGUUUUGCUUUGGGGUUUUUUAUUUUAAAAAACCCAUUAAUAGUCACAAAGUAAAUAGGAAAGACGUACAAUCCCUUACUAGGCAAGAUUGUUUUUAAUGAACAUUAAUAAGCUGGUGAUAUAGAAGUAAUAAUUAUAGGGUUUUGAUUUCAUAUGGACUACAUGUUGAGGCUUGUAAGAGCUGAAGUAGGGGAGACAAAAGAGAAAGCUAAAGAAUAUUGGUAUGUUUCUCCAAAAUAAAAGCUUACUGAGGAGCCAGAGAGUUCCAUUAAAUGUUUAAAUAGAAAUUUAAAGUAAUCAUGCUAAAAGGAUUUAAAUGAUUACAAGGCAUUAUGCCUAGAAUAAUUCUCCAAGAAAGUGUAUUUUAGGAAAACGUUUUCACCAUGUGUUUUGCAAAUAACACAAGAAAAAUUCUACUUCCAUUGAAAACUUAUAUUUUGCUAGUGUUGCCUUGAUCUGCCAUCUUGUUACCACUGCCAUUUUUUUCUUUUGAAAGAAAUAUGUCUGACUAUUCAAGAUGUGCAAUGCAAUACCCAAUGUGCAGUUGAAAAUUCUUCAAUUUCUGCUUGCCAAUAAUUGUUUUUGUUCCCUGCAGGUUGUUUUGCUUCCUUUUAGUGUUUCAUUGUUGUUGUUAAAGCAGAUACAUUAAGAUAAAUACAACUGGUACUAGGUCAACAGCUGAUGGAAACUGGGUACGUCCACCAGGAAACUAAUGCCAGAUUUAUGCUAAAGAAAUGCUUGGUCUACUUAAUGCAUCAGUGAAACUCAUUUGGGUGUUAAAAUGUUUUAGAUUGAAUUGCAUGUGUCUGUUUGAAGAAGGCAGGGCCAAUUAACAGUUCUAAUUUAGCCAAUGAUGGGAGAGCAGGUAAUACUUACUUUCAACCCAUGAAGUAAGAAGGCCUCUGGAAGGUAAAACAUUGGUCUGCAGGUGGCAGGAGAGUAAGUGGACUCAAGCUUCAAAGAGCCCUUGAAGGGAAAUGAUAAACAAGUGCUCUUGUCAGUGAAUCAAUAUUUUCUGCUUGGGAAAAACUACUGGUGUUCUUGGAAGUGAUGAUGUUCUGUAUUUAAUAAACUCCUUUGGGUAUGACUACUGUUUCAAAGGCCAGAGCCUGAACAGAAGUUAGCAGCAACCUAGGCAGAUACGAGUGGGAAAACAAGUGUCAUAAAAGGCUUUCUUAUAUGGAAAGACAAAAAGCUAGCAUCCAUUCAUUCCGCUUCAAACGUAUUUGCAUCACUUGAGCACUUAUGCUUGUUUUUCAAGACAUUGGAGUACAGAAAUGGUCAUGCAGUAGUGUUUCACACUAAACACUAUUAUACCAAUAGCAAUCUCAGGUGGUUGAGUACCUAUCAUCUGGAAAGCAAAAUGGGACUCCCCACCCCAAACUGAAUAUUUUCUACAUAGUUGUAAGGCUCCUUAGAUAUGCUGAAAUAUAAAUGUGUAUAAAUAACACAAAGUAGAGAGAUCAAAUAGACAAUAUGUGGAGUGGGUAAAUGUUGAGUGUCAGUUAAAAACAGAACGUAGGAGCCCCUAACAGCUUAUUAAAUCUUCAGCAUUUUAGUGAAUUUCUCCUAAUAAAUUUUUGUAUGCUGUUGUGAUGAAUGUACACAUUUUUGCAGGCAAUUUCUCCCAAAACUAUCCUAAGUAAUGUGUUCAUUUUUAUGCAAACAUUUCUCCAUUAUAUGUAAACAUUGUUUGGGUGGAGAACUGCAGUGUAAAACACGGCUAAAUGCAAAUUUUUAAUGAUGGCUGUGUUUGGGUUCUCAUUUCGAAAAGUGAGAAUUUUAUAGAUUCAGCUUUAAUUGCAAACUGAUUCAAAUUUCUCUCCAUCCGUAUUGAGAGGAUAAAGUAUCAGUAGAUGCAGUACUUCAUUUCCACAUUGCAAACUUCCAGUUCUUGCAUAUCAUUAAUUUGUUCUGCAUCCUGCUGAAGCUGAUUCUUUAAAAAUAGAACAGGGUAGUCUUUGAGGUGCCACUAGGCUCACACUUUCCUUUCUCACAUAUGUGACUAGAUACUGUAGCAUCAAUACUGAAGCAAUUUGUUUUUGCAUGUGAAGGUUAGCUUACAGCUUCAGCAUAUUAUCAUGAGUUCAAAAUUUUGCAUAACACUCUGGCUAGUGUUUGACAGCAUUAAAGUGGGGAAAUGACAGGAAGUCACAUUCUGUCCUAAUGGCCUUGAAGGGUGAGAACUAUGGAUGUAUCUUGUAUUAUUCUGAUUUGAUUCUGUUUCUAAAUAAUUAACAUAGUAAUGACAUAGCAGAUACUAACAGUUCCAGUUGUGAAUGAUAAGAUUCGUUUGAUGAUAAUCUUAUUGAUUUUGACAUAAGACAAGAGUGCCUUAAUUUUUGGCUUUCUGCAAUGAGUGAUUUCAGAACAAUUGGCUUGGAAGAUUUUAUGAGCUGCAUUGUAUGGCUGGGAUCCAAGGAGCUACUUUUAAGUGCACCCAAAAGCUUGGGAAUUCCCAGUAGGAUUUUUGGCUUUCUUCCUUUGGAACAGAUCCCCCCCCCAUGCAAUGUACCAAAAACUGCUUGUAAAUGUUCAUUUAACUUAGUGUUGGUUGCCAUAUUUUGUCCAGAUUGUAGUCAUGCCACUCAGCGCCUGUUAGCACCAACAGCUGGCCUAGAUCCCUAGCUUUCAUAUUUCAAAAAGAGCAAGUCUCUAGCCUUUGUAUAACUCAAGAUAUGAAGCAAAAAUGUUAUGUUAUGUUGUGAGAAUCCCAUUCCUGCCUCUUAGUGUACAUAGCCAAUGACUGAAAUUAGGGAAGUACUAGUCAUAGAGAUGAAAAAGUUAAGAGGGAUGCACCAAUUGUCUGGACUUCCGGGUUUCAUUUCUAAUCAUAUUCUUUUUACUUCACUGCUGAAGACUUGCUACGUACAGAGCACUGUUGAGAAAACCAGAUUUUUAGUGUAGCUGUGACAAAAGAUAGCAGGAAAAACAUGAGUUCGUGCUGUUUAUAACUUAUGCAAUAAAAAGCUUUUGGGGUUUUUUAGUUUGUAAACAUUUGAAAAUAUUACCCAGCCGAUGCAGAUAAAGUUGAUGCAAGUCAUGGAUUAAAUCAACUAUGCAAAGUAGCAGAGUGUUGUUAGAUCCAGUUUGCAUCCUGAUUUGUUUGCACAGAGGUUAUCCAUUAAUCAAUUAUCUAUCCACCGAUUGCUAUACAGUACCACACUUUCUAGUGCAUUUUUGUGCCAUUUUUCCUUACAACGAAAUGUCCAGUUUUUAAAUGUGACUUUGUUGCACCAGAGCACUUUAAUCUGCUUUAAUUGCAUAAACCCCCAAAGUUGUUAGUAUACAAUAGAAUUCCUCCUGCAAAAAGUGACAGUCUGUAGGGGAAUCUAUAUUGUUCGAAUGGUGAAUGAAGACAGAGUAAUAUUGGAUAACCUUGCAGUUUGAUUCGUUGCUUGGUUCUCCAGUCAAAAAUACCCUCCGCAAAAUAUAUUUUGGCUCUCAACAAAGCUCAUUUUACUUUCAUCGCCUCUAUCAGUCCUCUAUCCCACACCCAUUACUCAAUUGCACAGAGUUUGAUUUUGCAUUGACCUGUAUUAGCCAAAUACACAUUGCACUUUCCCCAGCAUCACAUGACUAUACUAAGUCCCAACUGCUUGAAGUUUAAGGCUCAAACUGCAGUGUCUCAUUCAUGCCUUUUCCCAUCUGUACAGUGAUAUCCUUGGUUAUUUCACAGGGGUGCAACAGGUUAAACUGUAGAAUCUACAUAUAGUCUGAAACUAUGUGUUUGCCCUUGGCUUCAGAUGCCCCCUCAAAACUGGCUUCCUAUCAACAAAAAUGUAUGGUGUUUAUUAAUGCUAGAUCAUUGUUUCACCUUUGUCUAACUAAUAUCCUGAAAAGAAGCAUGUCACUCCAUCUGUUUCAUAGGAAAGAGCUCGCGUACACACACACACACACACACACACACACACACACACACACACACCGCCCUUUCCCGGUUCAGACACCCGGGCUCAGGGCAGCUAAGCACAAAUUUAAAACACUUAAUUGUAAUACAACAUAAAAGCAGCAUAAAAUACAGUAUAAAAGAUGAAUAGCAAUAAAUUUCAAAGUUCAAAAAUCAAUGUGGGGGAAAUCCAUCUAAUAAACAUUAGAUACGGUAGUAACCAGGGCUAGCUGGCUAAAUUAGUCCUACUUGAGCCAGCGAGGAGACCAGGGGAGAAUUCGCUGUGGGGUCCCAGAGCAGGAAAUCUUCAUAAAAAAGGGGAGGGGAAAGAGAAGAUAAAUAAAAGAUCAAGCUGAGUUCAAAUUAAAGGCCAGGCGGAAUAGCUCUGUCUUACAGGCCCAGCGGAAGGAGGUUAUGUCCUGUUGGGCCCUAGUCUCAUGGGGCAGAACAUUCCACCAAGUCUGAGCGAUCACUGAAAAGGCCUUGGCCCUGGUGGAGGAUAGUCUGACUUCCUUAGGGCCUGGGGACUCUAAACUAUGGUUAUUCAUGGACCUUAAGGUCUUCUGCAGGGCAUACCAGGAGCGGCUGUCCCAUAAAUACGAGGCCCCUAAGCCACAAAGGGCUUUAAAGGUCAAAACCAGCACCUUGAACCUUACCCUUUAUUCCACCGGGAGCCAGUGCAACUGGUAAAGCACUGGGUGAAAUUCCAGAAAUCCUUGUUGCAUGUUAUGCAAAGUGAGUCUUUUGAGUAAGGAUGGAUGAAUGAAGAGGACAAUCUCAGUUUAUUUCUCAUUUUUCCACCCUUAAAUCCAGUUCUUAACAUUUCUACAUCAGUUCAUGAUUUCUUAAAAAGUCAGAGGAAUUCAUCUAUCUACAUUUUAGUGCAAAUGUUUCCUAUUAUACAAUUUUUAAUGUGCAAUUUCUCAGAUAUACCGUACAUAAUUUUGCAAAGAAAUUCCUCAUAAUACAAUGCAUGUUUGCAUGUUAUUUUUACAAAACUAAAGAUUUUUAUGCACAAUACUCAAUAUGCUGGAGAACAUUACUUGGCUGGAGGACUGUAUAGCAGAAUUCAGAGAAGUGUAAAUUUCAAAGAGUUGUGUUUCAGUUUAUUUAUGGUUUCUGAAGGUGCAAAUUAGAUAAAUAAAUAGAUAAAUAAUGCAAACUGAAUCUAAUUUAUUCCCCACCUCUACUUACAACUUUUUAAGAUGCCUGAGGUAAGCUUAUGGUUGACAACCAGAACUUUCUUGCCAGCUUCUAACCCCAGAACCAUUUCCCCCAUGAUCCUAUUUCCCAGUCCCCCACUUUCUCUCCUUCUAACCCCAUACCUUGCUUCAACCCUCUCCUCAGUGCCCUUAAGACCCAUCCCUAAAGUGUACUGUUAGUGUUGCCAUAUGUCCGGAAUUUCCCAGGCUGGAUGAAGAGGGUAGAAUCGGCCGGGAAUUAUAGUUGCUGAGCAGACCUGAGUGAAGCCUGCCUCCCUCAGGUCCGUUUGUCAAGCCAUGCCCCCCCUAAGGCCGCCAUGGAUAGGCUUGUUUGAAUCUGCGGGUUUGGCGGGAACCUGUGAGCCUCCAUGGCAGCUGAAGGGGGCGUGCUGCGCUCAAAAUGCUGCAUCGUGUUCAAGUAGCGAGGGAAGCACAGUGUUGGGCCACAACCACUGCUCACCGAAGAGGUAAACUGCCAUUGCCAUACACCUGGAAUUUCCUAGACAUACCUAGGAUUCGGCCAUCAGAAACAGCGUCCGGGCGGGAAUCACUGAAAUGUCCAGGAAACUCCAGGUGUUCUGUUUAAUGAAUAAUAAUUGUUAAUGUUCUAAAAAGGCAUGGGGAAAUAUUGCAUCAAGUUUAAUAAAUUAUGCUGCAAUCACAUACUGAGUUAAGAAGAACCAACUCCCAUUGUUUUCAAUGUGGCUUACUCCCAGGCAAAUGGGCAUACAAAUGCAGUCUUUAUUAUUAUUUUACAGUGAUAUCAGAUAGACCCAACUUUUCCAGUAGAUCCAGCUUUGCCUUAGUUUGAGUUUUUCAUUUUUAAAUGGGGAGAGCUGACAAAGAAGGGAAGGCAUCAAAGUGCUAGUUAAUUUGUUAUGAUUUCCUGGGUCUUCAAAAAGAAGUAUUACAGAUUUUGUUGGUCUCUGCCACAAUGUGUUUGUUAAUCUUUAAAGUGUCAUGCUGCAUGACUCAAAAGUGGUAGGCCCUUUUCCUAUAGCAUUUAAGAGAAACUUCAUGUGAACACAGGUAGGUAGCCGUGUUGGUCUGAGUCAAAGCAAAAUAAAAAAAAUUCCUUCAGUAGCACCUUAAAGACCAACUAAGUUUAUAUUUUGGUAUGAGCUUUCGUGUGCAUGCACACUUCUUCAGAUUCAUGUGAACACAUUAGUCUUACCUUGCAUUAGAAAAGAUUGAUCCUGCUUAA